CUGGUAACGAUAGGCAACCUUGACGGGAUCAACAUACCUACAACACCUAAGGACAGUAAGGGCAAGCUGUGCUACCUUCACUUUGUCACCCACCACCCAGGACGUGGCGAUACUUUUUAUUUGAGUAACCGCAACUGAAAACACUUCACGUUAUCUCGAAGGGAAGACUACUUACGAACUCUGCCUCUUCGUCCAAACGAAUCAAUCUAUUCCAUCGGCCGGUCGAGCGCUUCAGUGUGUCCCUCGACUUAUCCUGCGCAUGCUCGCCUGCGUCGCAGCACUUCCUCCGUACUAUUGCGCCACGACCGAUUAAACACCCGGGGCUUUAUUUACCAGCUUCAUCAUGGCGGAUGUCGAUAUGACGGACGCCCCGGCCUCUGCGCCCGUUGUCAAGAAGAACACGGCCGCCGAGAGCAAGGGGAAGAAAGCAGAUGGCAAGCCUCGGUUCGAGGUCAAGAAGUGGAACGCGGUGGCCCUUUGGGCUUGGGAUAUUGUCGUUGACAACUGUGCCAUCUGUCGAAACCAUAUAAUGGAUUUGUGUAUUGAGUGCCAGGCCAACCAGUCAUCGGCCACCUCAGAAGAAUGCACAGUUGCGUGGGGUAUUUGCAAUCAUGCGUUCCAUUUCCAUUGCAUCUCGAGAUGGCUUAAGGCGCGUCAAGUUUGCCCUCUCGAUAACAGAGACUGGGAGUUCCAGAAAUACGGCCGUUGAAGGCAUGGAGAUCAGGAGUUGGAUGCCUAUUUGCGGCUACUCGACCAUGCUGAAGGGCGAGACACGGAUGAAGAAAACGUCUGCGAAUUUUCAUAAGUCUAGAUAGCAUAAGCCAGGGAGUAUCACACGUUAGGAGGCUUCCACGAAUGUAAGCUAGCGGGCCACGCCAGAUCGAGCAUGGCUCAGCGAGUAUGCUUCAGCGUGCAGCAGUAUGAAUAUCAUGGCCGGCGCAUCAUACUUUGAUGUUGCUUUGCUCAACCUCCUCUCUCGCAGACGUACACCUAAACCGUGCGACGAUGCGGCAAGAACGCCAAUCUACCUGAAACUCUUCUCAUCUACGAUCAGGCUUUGUGGCGGUACCAGCCCGCCGCCGACUUGUAGCCACUUGACAGGGUUGCGGUUGUAGAACGGCCACGGAGGAACGACGAGGA